UUCCUGGUGGUCUCCAUGGGUUCCCGGUGGUCUCUGUGGGGUUCCUGGAGCUGUUUUGGGUUCCUGGUGUUCCCCUCGGGUUCCCGGUGUCAUUUCUGCCCCCAUGGCCAUCUCCAACCCUGGUUUCUGGGUGGUGUGUCCUCUCCAGCGGCCUUCAUCCGCGUGGUGGGCUCGGAGUUCGUGCAGAAGUACCUGGGCGAGGGCCCGCGCAUGGUGCGCGACGUUUUCCGCCUGGCCAAGGAGAACGCGCCGGCCAUCAUCUUCAUCGACGAGAUCGACGCCAUCGCCACCAAGCGCUUCGACGCCCAGACCGGCGCCGACCGCGAGGUCCAACGGAUCCUCCUGGAGCUCCUGAACCAGAUGGACGGCUUCGACCAGAACGUCAACGUCAAGGAGAUCAUGGCCACCAACCGUGAGGACACCUGGACGAGGAACUAUUGGGGUUUUUUGAGGUUUUAUGGAGUCUGUGUGGGAUUUUAUGGAUUUUUAUGGAGUUUUGAGGAUCUCAGGUGUCCUCACCUGUCUCCAGGAGAUGAUGGCCACCAACCAUGAGGACACCUGGACCAGCAAUUUCAGGGUUUUAUGAGGUUUUAUGGAGUCUGUGUGGGAUUUUAUGGAUUUUUAUGGAGUUUUGAGGAUCUCAGGUGUCCUCACUUGUUCCCAGGAGAUCAUGGCCACCAACCUUGAGGACACCUGGACCAGGAAUUAUGCGGUUUUUUGAGGUUUUAUGGAGUCUGUGUGGGAUUUUAUAGAUUUUUAUGGAGUUUUGAGGAUCUCAGGUGUCCUCACUUGUUCCCAGGAGAUGAUGGCCACCAACCAUGAGGACACCUGAACCAUGAAGUAUUGGGGUUUUUUGAGGUCUUAUGGAGUCUGUGUGGAUCUUUAUGAGGUUCUAUGGGGUUUUGGAGAUCUCAGGUGUCCUCACUUGUUCCCAGGAGAUGGUGGCCACCAACCAUGGGCACACCUGGACCAGCAAUUCUGGGGUUUUUUGAGGUUUUAUGGAGUCUGUAUGGAUCUUUAUGAGGUUCUAUGAGGUUUUGGAGAUCUCAGGUGUCCUCACUUGUUCC